UUCUGUAGCUCUGUGGUGCCAAUGAACAUUUUGGGCUUUUCUUGUAAACUCUAUUACUUUGCAAAGGAUGGUUGUGUAGAGCUGGGAGAUGUCUCAUUUUAAUCAGAAAUUUCCGGGCUACAAUUGCACCUCUUUAAGAAAACUUUUAGUUAUUCUCUAGAGUUUCUGGAAAACUGGUUUUCUAGAAAACUCAGUCUACCAAGACUUAGCAACAAAAACCAUUGUCAUAUUCGGAUUCAGCACACCCGAUUACCUAUUUUCCAGUGAGUCUUAGCCUAAAAGCGAUUAGACAGUUGGUGUCCUUUCCUCGUUAGUAUUAAAUUUUUCGGAAUUUCUACAAUGUCGAAAAUUGAUCUUUUGAUUCUGAUCCUAUUUUGUUCAAGUUUCUGAUUUUUUCCCGGGCCACUUUUUCUCGGCUCGGUCCGUAUCGGCGUUCAGGAAUUUUGGCCCGAGAGAACGCAUAAACUUUUCGGAGCUACCCGUAUUGGUCGGACCAAAUACAUUUUAUAUUCUGCGGGCCGACCCGCGGCCUAGUCCGUAUAACCUAGAUUAAUCAGAAACUCUAGUAUCUAGAACGAAUGCUUAAAGAACAGGCAACUUCGUUAGACAUUUUCAAACGAAAAUAGUGUCAGUGUCACCCAUCAAGAACUAAACCCAGUUGAAAAUAAUUGCCACUCACAGAAAUUCAUUGACUUCUUCUGUAUUUGUUCGAAUAGGAAAAAAGAAUGGAACAACACACAACGUCUUAUUAUUCUGACUCUAGUCGUGCUCUUAAAAAUUUUAUUUGUAGUAAAAAAAGUCAAAAGCCUAAAGUUCACAUUGUUACACAGCUUGUUUUGUAUUGUCUAUUGUUGUAUAUCACGCGUCUUUUCACUCUAUUUUUGUACGCAAUUUGUUGUUGGUUCUUGAAAAUUUUCAGUUCUACAGGUAGCUCUCUUCCCAAGAUAUCCGAUUUCGAUGAUGAGAAAACGUCGAUGCAUUAUCUACAAUUUUUAUGAAAAUCACUUUAUAUAACUUAGAAUCACCUUAUCGGGAUAUAUUAUCAGAUGCAAUAUUAAAACUUCAAGAUGAAGGUCUAAUUCAACAAUACUAUAAUAAAUGGUGGAAAGAAGAAUCAAAUGUUAAAUGUGAUACGGAUGAUAAACGAGGAUCAAUAAUUGCAAGUGAACUCGGUUUUGUCAAUGUUGGAGGCAUUUUUUUAAUAUUAGCCGUUGGUUUAAUCAUGUCAACAUGCGUCGCCAUUAUUGAAUUUACUUGGAAAAUUCGUAACAAAAAAGGACGACACAUUUCCAUAUGCAAAGAAAUGAGGCGUUAUUUUCGUUAUGCUGUUUUCAAUAUUGGCUCGGGUGAACGUCGUGCAAGUAUUUAUGUAAAAACUACACCGUUCCUAGAAACAAUUCAUAAAAGUCCAAAACUGAAUAAUCGUCUGUAUGAUUAA